AUGCACAUCGCAAGGAAUUUGAUAUCUGCGGAGGUAUAGUAAAGUCCAGGACACCGUACCCAUACCGUGCGUCUUGUUCCCUCGUUUUAUCAUCGAGUAUGGAUCUGUCUAGACUUAGCCAUCAGGAGGCUGCCCAAUUGCAAGGCCUGCUCGGCCGUAUGCUCGGUGAAGCGCCUUCGCAAGCUGCUCAAGGGCCCAUGGUGGUCUCGGGUGUACCUCAGGCUCAGCCUAUUCCGCCUGUCCCAGGUGGCGGUCCUCGAGUGUUAGCAGACAUGGGACAAGAAGCACUUGCAGGGCGAAAUCUAGGAUCUGCCCCCGCUAUCACACCGUAUCGCACCCUCCAGCACCCCAUCCCUUCCCCAUCCCUUCCCACUACCUUUGGCUCGGGGAAUACUUCUCAGUCUAUCCACUCCGCCCUUGGUGGACCCAAUACAGCAACACCACUCGGUCCUAUGGCUCCCACAGCUGGCUCUGGUAUCCCCCGUGUCAUGCCCUCCAUCUCGCAGCCUUUCCUCGGUCUCCAGAACCUCGGGCGUGAUAUCAGCUCGCAAGUCAACCGUGAGCGGCUCUCUUCAGCUUCAGCAACAAUCCCCCGGCAACCUGCUUUACAACCACGUCGCCAGCGUCGAGGGCGCGGCCCUGCGGUCCCACCGCCUUCUCUCCAGCCUGUCACACCUCGCAACAUGACUGGCUGUCUUAUGACGCCGUACGGAGACAAUGCUAUCCCCAACAGCUUUAUCCGUAUUACAGUAGAAGUUCGUCCUCCUUUAGAGGACCCGAGCGACGACAUAAUCCUGUUCCGCUUUCGCCACACUUCUUUUAUAUCGCGUCUUGAAGACUAUGGGCUCAUUCGGCGCUAUGAGGUCCCCGUUGAUCUCACUGUCGUCAAUCUCAUCCAGCAGGUCUCUAGCGACUUGCAGCACUCAGGGUUCCAGUAUCAAUUCGUCCGUCCGGUCAUGUCGUCCACUUUCGAACACGAAAACCUUGACCUGCAGCUACUCUCCUAUGUGAACCGUGGACAGCCUCGCCAUAGCGACCGUCAAAUCCGCCUGCAGCAUGCACCGCUGAUGCCUCAAGUGACCAUAGCAAACCUCAUGAGUGACCGACUGAACUAUGCUAAUACAGGGCUGUCCCUGGACCAUGACAGGUUUGUUAUCCGUCUAGUUGUGGCCAACUAUCCCAUCUCUGGCAUAUUUUCGGGUCGUUCUCAAGGUCCUGUGGUCCUCCGCCGUCAUCAGUGUCUUUCACGUCGGAUCUAUGCCGAGUUUCGUCGUGAUGGGCUGACAGUUGAGGCAAAUGAGGAGGAAGGUGAGGAAACAGCCUCAUCUGGAGGUGAGAGCGAUGGGGAGCGUGCCAUGCAUGCUGUUCGUGCCGAAGACCCUGCUGGACUUGGAGCGGACGUGAAUGAUGAAAAUAUCCAACCAUCAGAGAUGCUUGUGCCCACACAGCGGACUACCAGGGCGACAUCUGCCACCCGAGAUGUUCGUGUGCUGCUGCCAUCAGUCGAUGCUAAUGAUCAGAUCGCCAUGCGCAUGUCUGCAUACUUCCCGAAGGCUCUCUGGUAUCGCCCAUGGGAGCCUGCCACGGGUGUUUUCCAGACGCCACUUUUCGACAUGACUGACCUACCUCAUGGCGUCUUCCAGGCAGCAUCGGACGGUGAGAUUGUAGGGAAGUUCGAGCUCCAUGGAAGUGAUGUCGCCCGCCUGACCAUGCUCUUCAUGGAUACCGUGCGGGUUGCACUUGACCGCAAAGACUUUACAGAGCUGCUUGCUCCUCAGAGGGCUUUCUACAUACUUGAAGGUGACGGUACAACCCGUUCCCUCGGUGAUGGCGUCGAGCGAGAGAUCAUAUCGACUGCUUUUGAGCGCUACAAGGUCUCUUCGGCAAAGUGGUUCAGCCCCAGGAUGGAUGGCUUCUAUUCUCUGGCAACUUCCCAGACAUUACUGAGCUGCAACACGAUUCCCUCUAUACGGCUAAGGCAGCAGGAGGAACUUGGGGCUCUCUGCGCCUUGACAUUUGUUUAUGGCAUGGCCCCUGAGCCUCUCGAUCCUUGUCUCUUCCAGUACCUCCUUAAUGACCGUGACCUUGAGGCUCUUCAAGAAACUUAUGUGGAACAGUGGCAUCCUGCACUACAUCAGCUGCUCAAGGAAUGGCAGGCAAUUGGCCCUGGACGGGAUAUAUCGCAGUUCGAGACUCAUUUUGCGCUGUAUCAUGACGUUCAGACCGCUGCUAUGGGUGAGCGUGACGAUGCUGCUCAUGAUGCCAUAGCAGUAGACAUACUUUAUCGUGCAAUUAUGGGACCCGAGCCGCCAUUCCACCCUGAAUUUGAAGCUUUCUGUGCUGGGUUCUACCUCCCAUGUCGGAAUGGCUUUACCCUUCGCAAGUUUGCUAAUGCAUUUGAAGGAGGGUCCGAGGCGUUUAUAGAUAUUGUCUAUUCAUCUCGUAUUGCUUCCUCCAGUACCCUGCAAGAUAGGCUGACCAUCUUGCCGCCAUUCCAUGGCUUCACGGAUGAGCUAAGCGCGCUAUGCGGAUACGAGAUAAGCGACAUUCUCACUCACUUCCUGAGUGGUAUAGGGGUUCCUUGUCCUGAAAGGUUUGAGGUGGCGAAAGCUCAUUUCAAUCCUAUUGUGGAUCUUCGGAACCUUGCAUCACCGACCUUCCGCCCUCGAGCCUUCUGUUGGGCGGCUACAGGUUCACCUACAUUGGAUACGAAUGGGUCAAAGAUUAAGAUAUCUGUUGUCACCGAUGAUGAUGUUAAUUACGCGCAAGGUAAUCAAGACUGGAUGGCGCGCGAGGGAAAGAUAUCGUUCCGUACGUGUUUUCGUCAAGUGCGGAUGCCCGCAAGCUACAUUAUCCAGCUUGCGACUGCUGUCUAUGAUGGCACGACCGAACCUCGUGACUUCAUGUCGGCCAUAGAGGAUUGGCUUUUGACGGAGACUUUGAAUGCAAUUGGGGGCCACAGCUUCAUGUAGACUUCCUCUUCUCGACCAGUUUCAACUUUUGAUGUUAGAAUUAUACUACAAAUGGCAUUAAUGACAUUUAUUGUCCA